AUGAUACUCUCGUGUUAGAAGAAAAAUCGUGCGAGCGACGAGGCAACGUGCGACGUGAGUCGCCGCCACGAACGCGAUUUAAUAGAUCGACGAAAGAAUGUGACGAAUCCUUUUUGGAUUUUCUACGAAGAGUCGGAUGUUGUUAAGAACGCGCAUUUCCACAUUGAUGGAUGUAACGAAUGCUAAACUUUAUUCCAUUUGCCUUCUUCGUACGAUAAAUAUUAUUUAUGUAUAUAACGCAUCGCAAUUUAAUUGAAAUACCCGUCGUAAGUAGAAAACAGAGAAACCCUACAUUGACAAUUUGACAAUUACUUGAAUUUUAUUUCAAAAUGUGAAAGGAAGGGAAGGAAUAGAUGUUGUUGUUGUUGUUGUUGUUGUUGUUGUUGUUAAGGGAUAUGAUCGUCAAUGAUCCGAUUAAAUUUGUUUAAUUUUUUUUUUCUUUAAAAGAUCUUUGCGAUAGAUAAAAAAAAAAUAAAACAAAAAGAAGAAAGAAUUGCAAAGAUUACAAAAAAAAAGAAAAAAAAAAGAAAAAAGAAAAAAAAAAGAAAAAAAGAAAAAAGAAAAGAAAAAAGAAUAAAAGAAAGGACAUACCUGCGCAUGCACGUUUGUGUCGAAGAUCCAUGAAUCAAUCGGUCGAUCGAUCGAUCGAUCGAAAACGACGGAUUCGGAAGAAAUAGACAAAUAGACAAUUUCUUCGUAUCUUCGAACGAAUAAUCAAAAUCGAAGAUAUGCGGUGUGUUGGUCCUUCGACGAUCGGUGGUUCGUUAGAAAUUAACAAAUUAUGGCUAUCGUACAAAGGCAAUCGUUUUGGCUCGAUGACUUUGGCAAACCACACGUGCUCUCUCGGAACAUGACAGGAAAUCCAAUUGAAUAGAGAGCUGUGAUUAGCGAAUGGAAAUGGAGAAAGACGAAGAGAAGAAUGGAGCAAGUUCCUGAAGGUUGAGAUAGAACGAAAUAGCGAAGAAGAAAGAAAAAAAAAAAAGAAGGAGGGAAAGAUUGAGGGGGAGAAAGAGAGAGAGAGAGAACACGAGUGAGAGGAUCGUCGAUAUGACAAGUCGGAUAAUGCAGCCGACCGUCUCAACACUCGGCAUCAUCGCCAUCGUUUUCGUCACGAUCACUGCCACGGCAUCAGAAGCCGAGAACGGUGGCGCCAUCGGGCUUGAUAUCAAUCAUCCUGGAGGCAGGAACACGGAGGAGGAUCAUCGACACUUUCCGGAUAACGAGAGAAGUACGAGGAAUAACAACAACACAAACAACAACAACAACAACAACAACAAUAAUAAUAAUAAUAAUAAUAAUAAUAAUAAUAAUAAUAAUAACAACAACAGCAGCAACAGUGGCAGCAGCAACAAUAACAACAACAACAAUAACAAUAAUAACAGUAGCAGUAGCAGCAAUAACAAUAACAAUAAGAAUAAAGAGGAAGUGAAGGAGGAGGAGGAGGUUUGGCACGUUGAUAAAAUCAACGUUAAUUCUACGAUAGAUUUGUCUUAUCCAAAGAUAAAGAGAAAAUCUGAUGUUACGACGUUAUUAUCGGCAUCGACGAUGAUGACAAUGAUGAUAGAACGAUCGAAUAGAAAUAAUAAUACUAAUGAGAAAAGGACAAUUAGAAAGGAAGUAGAUAGAAUCGAGUUUCUCGAUUACGAGGAAACAGAGCAACAAUAUCAGAGGGAUCAAAGUAAAGUGAAAAUUGAUCAAGGUAUAUCAAGGAUUCAGGAUGAUCCUAAAGAUGAUUCAACGGUGACGAUUCUUCCAUCGAGAUCCCAUCAAAGGAUAUCGAUCGAUGUUACUACGUCCAGGGAUUUCUCAAUGUUAGCUGAUAGUACGAGCCUAUUCGAAAGCCAAUUGGAAAACAGUGUUACAGUGAAGGCUACUUAUUUGGAAAUACCUCAACAGGAUCCCUCGACGAGUAGUAGCAGCAGCAGUAAUAGUAAUAGUAAUAGUAAUAGCAAUAGUAGUAGUAGUAGUAGUAGUAGUAGUAGUAAUAUCAUCAACAUCAGUAACAAUAACAACAACAGUGGCAAAAUUGACGUCGAGUCAUCGUCAUCUUCUUCCUCCUCGUCCUUCUCUUCGAGUAACGUUAGAUCGAACGAUCUUCAUCGAUCUUCUCGAUUAAAGUUACGAUACGAGAACGAACACAAUAAAAAUAUUGAUCGUGGACAUUAUGAAUCAUCUAGUAUACGUUCGAUCGAUGAUGAUUCCCCGUCGCAAUAUCUUCGUUCUACCGAAUCGAUCGAGCUAAAGGAUUUCAAUGACAUAAAAGCGAUAUCCUUUCAAGUACCAAAGCCAGAAAUGUUUGAAGAGUUAAAUGGCGAUGAGAAGGAACGUGAUAGUUCCUUAGAAUCAAUUGUUAAAUCUGUUCGUAAGAAUAAUCAUGAUAUCGAUAAUAUCAAAAUUGAGGAUCCAUUAAAAAUGAUACCGGAAACGAGAAAGGAUCGUUCGAGAUUAAUGAACGAAUUAUCCGGUAAUGAGAAAUCAACGAAAGCGUUUUACGAGAUCAAACCAUCGGUUAAAACCGAACUCGAAAGGAAUAAUGACGGUCAUAAUAAUAAUAAUAAUAAUAAUAAUAAUAAUAAUAAUAAUAGUAAUAGUAAUAGUAAUAGUCGUCGUCAAUCGAUUAUUACUAGCACGCAAAAGACUUUGUUAGGUGGAAAAUUUGUUUUGCCGAGCGUUGACAGUGCCAUUGGAAAAUUUGGACCGUACUUCGUCGAUGGCGAUCGAGAGAUCAACGUAACUGCAAGAAUUGGUAGCACCGUUGGCCUUGAUUGCAAGAUAGGCUUGCUUGGUGAUAAAAAGGUCACUUGGGUGCAACAAGACGAGGAUUCCUUUCGACUUUUAACCGUUGGCAGGAUCCCUUAUAGCGUCGAUCAAAGGAUCAGCCUUCAUUAUCGAUACCCAAGUAACUGGAGAUUGCAAAUCCUGUAUGCUUCGCCAAGGGACUCAGGACUGUACAAGUGUCAAGUGUCCACUCAUCCACCUCUCGUGAAAAAAAUUAAUGUCAUCGUCACAGCACCAAUCUUAACGAUAACAGACGAUUCCGGGAGAACAGUGGCGAAGGAGAGACACUUAAAAGCUGGAAGCGCCCUUCGUUUGAGAUGCGAGGCAAGGGACGUAUUAGAAUCUCAAAAUGAAACAGUCGUUUGGACAAGAGGAGACGAAACGCUCACUGAUAACGUCAGCGAGAACAGGACAACGGAGAUGACAGAGGGCAAGGAGGUCCUUGUGAUAGUAACAACUCUUAUCGUCGAAAGAGCUAGCCCGAGGCACGCCGGUAACUAUAGUUGCUUGGUGCCUGGAAUAGCCAAGACGACUAUAGCCGUUCACGUUCUCAAUGAAUCUUUUUCUCGUCGAAGGGAAGAACGGAAAGGAAGGGAAAAAAGAUUAAAAAAGAAAAAAAAAAAAGGGAGGAAAAAAGGAAUAGAAAAGAAAGGAAUGAAGGAGUAAAUUGAAGGUAAAUCGACGUUACUACGACUCGACUCGUUUCUCGCGUAGUAAGAAGUUGUUAAUCUCUCUGUAAGAGAGAGAGAGAGAGAGAGAGAAAGAGUGAGAGAGAGUGAGAGAGAGAGAGAGAGAAAGAGCCACGUUCUCUCAACGAUCUUAAUUCAAAAACGUUUUCGAACUUUUUCUUGGCUGUCGAGUUGAAGGAAAAAAAAAAAAAAAAGAAAAUGAAAGAAAAAAGAAAAAAAGAAGAAGAAGAAGAAGAAGAAAAAAAAGAAAAAGAAAAGAGAAUGGAUUUAUUCUUCGCACGUUGGUUUAACGUGCGUUUCACGACGAUAAAUCACUUCAACGCCAUUUCGGAUUAACUCGUCCUAAACCCCACCGUACACUCCGAACUUGUCGAAAUGUGGUGAACAUCCUUUCCGUAUGUACGUAUGUAUAUAUAUAUAUAUAUGUAUAUACGUAUGCACCUUAUGUUAGUACGUAUCUCUACGUAUCUACAUAUACGUAUUUAUACGUAUGCAGAUAACAUUGUCUCUUGUUUGUCCUAUCUCCCUCCGUAGAGACAUUUUUAAAUGGAGAAAAUCUCGAAAUAAGUAAAGACCCUUUCAACGAUUACGUAGAUAUUUCUCUUUUCAUUGACAUGUCGAAUGGUAGAAGAGAAAGAAAAAAAGAGAGAGAGAGAGAGAGAGAGAGAGAGAGAGAGAGAGAAAAGAAAAUUAUUGAUCCACCGAACGAAUUUUAGCGAUUUUUAUUUAGAAAUAUUUCUAAGCGCAUCCAUGUAAGAUCUUAAUGGCGGACAUCGCGAUGAUCAAAGGAAAAAGAAAAAGAAAAAAGAAAAAGUACGAAAGAAAAAAAAAAGAAAAAAAAUAGAAAGAAAGAAAAAGAAGAAAAGAAAAGAGAAGAAAGAAAAAUGUUAGGAGAAGUAACGGAGUUGAAACAGCUCGUCCAGAAAGCGACGACGUGUCACACGUUUCAUGGAGAUGGAAUUGCCAGUAGCCCUAAUGUUGACAGCAGCAUGAAAAUGAGACGAGGAUGACGCCAUGAAACGAGGGGGAUGAAAGCUGAGAGAGGAAAAGAAAGAGACAGAAAGAAAGAAAGAGAGAGAGAUAGAGAGAGAGAGAGAGAGAGAGAGAGGUAAAGAAAAGGGAAAAAAUAGCUGCUGAAGGGCUGUGUGCUACUUCCGUUUUUUUUUGUCUUCAUUUUUUAUUCUUUUUUCCCCCUUUUUAUUUUCUUUUCUUUUUUUUUUUUGUUUGUUUGUUGGUUUUUUCUUUUUUUUUUUUUCUUUUUUUUUUUUCUUUUCGUCCAUUCGCCUACUUCGCACGUACACACACGUACGUGCGAUAUACUCACACUAAAAUUUUUAACGAGCAGAUACGGAUGACCUCUCUCUCUCUCUCUCUCUCUAUCUAUCUAUCUAUCUAUCUAUCUUUAUCCGUCUAUCUCUAUUCAUCUAUCCGUCUAUAUAUCUCUCUCACUCUCUGACUCUUCCGCUGAUAUCCUCACUCUUUCCGUGUCAACCAUGUUAUAUACCCGUAAUGCCAUUUUAUCCUUAAGCAUACGCAGAAGCGCGAAAUCCGAGAACAAUGUGCUCUAGCUAUGAUCACUAUGCGUUGUAUGUAUAGAGUAUGUUAUCAUCUGUUACGGUCACAUAGAGUCACAACGAGAAAAAAUGAAUCCUACGAUCCGAGGGUUUUGUUUAUUUAAUAAAAAUCAAAUUUCUUUAUCAAUUAAUAUGGAUUUGUGUUUGCUUUUUUUGUUUCUCCUUUUUUCUUUUCUCUCUUUCUUUGUUCUCUGUCUCUUUUUUUUUUUUUCCUUCUUUCAUAGAAUUCAUUUUUCGAAAGAAGAAAUUUUCAACAUGAUUACUUUCGUCGUAGAAAUUGGUGAUCUGUAAAUUGGUGAUCACGGUCGUGUAGUAUAUGUAGAAAAUUUCAUUUCAAAGGACCUCGUUGAAAUAUGCAACAUUAUAUACGGAUAUGCCAAUACAAUGUGUAAAUCAACUCUUUUUUCUUUUUUUUUUUCUUUUCUUUUUUUCUCUUUUAUUUUUAUAUCGAUAGACGUCAAUUACAAUCAACGUUGUUAUCGAGCAACUGUAACGUUGUGCAUAAAUUUUCGAUGUCACGACAUGUUGUUGCAAAAUGAUUAAAGAAAAUCGUUCAAUAUAACAAUAAUAUGUACAAUGUGUUAUUAUUGUUACUGUUGCUGUUGUUGUUGUUAUUGUUGUUGUUACUGCUGUUGUUGUUGUUGGAAAAUAUUGGGCAAAAAGGAAAAGACUCAUGGAAAGUGAAAUUUGUCAAAGCCCGACUCAGUAUAUAUAUAUAUAUAUAUUAUCGGUUAGCUUUUCGUCGAUCGAUCUUUCCAAUUGAUGAGGAAUAAUAUCCCCGAUAGAGGAUGAGUGUAUUCCUCGGUGAUCGUGAAAAUCCGAAUUUAAAAGGAAAUUCACGGCGUGAAAUGUGAAGGACAUUUUCAACGACUACGAGCUACGAAAUAUCGGAUUUCGUUACAGCUGUUCGAGAUGUCAAGAUGUAUGUAUGUCGCGUUAUACUCGCGUUGAAUAUUGAUCGAGUCGUUCGUUCAUUCGUUCGUUCGUUCGUUCGUUCGUUCGUUCGUUCGUUCGUUCGUUCUCGAGUUGGCACUGAAUCAUUCCAACGUGCAAAAGAAAAUCAAAUCUUUUAUAUAAAAGAGAAA